ACUAUACUAUUGGCAAUAGUAUAUAAGCUAAGAGAAAACAGCAACGGGUAUCAUUUGGCAAUCAUUGCCCAACACAACCAGGAGAACAGGACAACAUGAGAACUCUAGCGUUGAUCUGCUUAGUAGCGGUGGUGGUUGCAGUGUCCGCCAGGGACAUGCGCUACAAGAGGGAGGCUGACCUGGAGGCGGCGGGCUCCGCACACUGGGAGAAAGGUGGUGGCGGUGAGCACCACGGGGACCACCACUCCGAGCACGGCGCCGGAGGCGAGAAGGGAUACAAGGGACACCACGAGCACCACCACGGCAAGCACGGACACGCACACCACGAAGGACACAAAGGACACUUUGGUGAAGAGGGCGGACACAAGAAACAUCACCACCAUGAUGACGGAUAUUACGGCGAGCACCACCACGGCGAGAAGGGUGAGCACGGACACGGCCACGAGGAGCACGGGCACUGGCACAAGGGACACGACACCAAGGGACACCACGGCAUCCACAAAGUAGAUGAGUUCAAGAAGGACAAGCACUUCCACGACAAGCACGGAGAAUCUGGCUUCGAAGAAGGCUAUGGCGGUUUCCAUCACGAGGGUGACUUCAAGAAGGGCGGCCACUUCCACAAAGGCCACAAGCACGGCGGACACCACGAACAUGACUUCGGUAAGAAGGGUCACCAUGAGGAGGGCGGUCACCAUCACGAGCACAAGGGCCACCACGGCGAUGAGGGCCACCACGAGCACCACCACCACCACGACGGACACGGCAGCAAGGGCGGACACGAGGACCACAAGGGCUGGGACUGGCAGAAGGGACACAAAUAAUUUAAUAGGCAUGUUAUAAAUUAAGAUGAGGAUAUUUGUUAUUGUUGAUAUUUUGUGAUACUGGAAUAAAUGUUUUACGCAUUAUUUUUAUAAUCAACUAA